AAAUAUUCUCGUAAUGUAAAUAAAUACAACAAUAUUGUAACAAAAAAGCAAAAAAAUAACAAUAAAUAACAAAUAUUUAAAUGAAAGAAAAAAUUUCAAUACAAAUUAUUAAAGAAAUCCAUAGAAAUAAUUAAAUAAAAAUAAUAAAAUAUUUACACGUUUUAUUUUUUUCUUAUACAAGUGUUUAAUAUUGUUUAAUUAUAAAAAAAAGUUGUAAAAAUAAUUCAAUUUCCAUAGACCACAACAGAUUUUACAUGUGUUUUUGUUCUAAAAUUUAAGAAAUCCUUUGACAAAAAUAUUCUACCUGGUCUCUAAAAUGAUGAUUCACUUCAAGCAUAAAUUUUAACAUCAAAACAGCUGAAUAACUAUAGAUUCGUUUUUUUUACAAAAAGUUUACUUUUCAUGUAGUUUUUCUUAAAGUGACAACAAAAUAAACAAUAAAUUUUUAUACCAUAACAAAAAAGUGAAAAAAGUAAACAUUGAAAAGAAAAUAACGUAAAAAAGCUUAAUUUAUCACUAUAACAAUUUCACCCGCGUUUAAUUCUCAACGCGCUAUACUCUCUAUCGGUCUCUCGUUUACUCUAUCAAGUUCAAAGUCAUAAAAAAAAUAAAAAUAUUGAAAAAUUCUAAAAAAAAACAUUCAUAAAUAAAAGCAAAAAAAAACACAGAAAAAGCUUUUUUGUAUUUGCUCCUCUUUUUGUGUGUGGAGCUCACUAUCUCUGUACUUGGCUCUCUUUAAGUGGGGAGCAAAAGUUUUUUAUUUUCAUUUUUUUUUUUGCAAACACGUUGUUUUGAAAACAGCUUACAAAUGAGUAACGAAUCGUCUGCGAGUGAAACAACACCGCUGCGUCGGCCCGACGAUAGAUACAUUAAUUCGCUACAACAAACGUCUCCCCCAUUAACGCCUUCAUCUUCUGCAACGUUUAAUAAUUAUCAAACGCGUAACCCCUCGUCGGUCCGUAAUAAUUUAACUUCCUCGUUAACGGAUCCUAUAAAUUUGGCUUCUACAACGGUGGCCAUUUCUAAUCAUAAUAACAAUAAUAUUGAAGUUCAUUUAAGCAGCAGCCAUCAGCAACAACAUCUGAACAAUAAUAACAACAGCAAUAGUGAAAUAUUUAUCAAAAUGGAAACAAAUAAACGUAUUCUCUAUCGAGUUGGCUUAGAUGUGUUAAUUUUAUUGUGCGGUAAGUGGAAAAAUAAUAUAAAUAAUUUGUUUAAAUCAAAGUUAAAUAAAAGUGUUAAAUUUUGAGGAACAUAAGAGAAA